AUGAGCCACCUCAAGUUAUAUGUGGAUCAUCGAAAGAAUCUCACACAGCCAUCCUUUGACGACACAAUCUGGGACAUGGUCGGUGACCUCGAUGAAAUGGCAGCUCUAAAGGACAGUCCAACAUGGGCCGCCGAGGCCUACCGCAACGCUAUUGCAAGUCUCAAGGAGUGGGUCCGAGAGACUGAUAGCCGCCCUCGAUCAUGGGCGCACUUUUUUCGAUGGCCGGGAGUGGUUUCGAACGACUAUGUACAACUUCUCGCCGCUCGAGACGAUACGGCACUAACGAUUUUUGUCUACUGGUGCAUGAUCAUGAAUCGAUCUCCAAAACGUUGGUUUAUGGAGGACUGGGCGUGUCGCGACAGCAGCGCUGCCAUUCAGGCCAUGCGCGACAGCUCAAGCCAUGUGCUUGCCUUGCCACGAGAAGCCAUAAACGUUUGGAGACAAUCGAAAACUUGUGGCAGGUAG